AUGAGCAUCAAAGAUGAAUGUGCUGAGGAAAUCCAUAGAGCAGGAUCAGUGGGGCUAGGAAGAACUCAAAUGGACACUAAAAAGCCCAGGAAAUGCAGUUUAACAUCCUUCCCAAUUGUAAAAGCAAGAAAGAAACAAACUUUCAUCUCUGUGAAGGUUGAGAGUAAACCUUUGAUUCAAGCCCAGAAGCCACCUUCUAAGGCCAAGAACCUCAGAAUGACCCGAUUCUUGCAUAAGAACACAAACACCAACAUUACUUCACUGCCUUUUGUGGACAUCAAGGGAAAGAAGAACAUGGUGGUAAACUUCCCACACAUCAACAGUAAAGUUCUGCUGAAAUCAUCCCUUCAUCAUCAGGAGACCCAAACUCACAGUCAGGUAUCAGCCUCUGAGCUCAAGACUUCAGAAUUGCCUUUCCACUGUAGCAUUAAAACCCAAGAUCCCAAGCCCAUGGAGAAACCAGCAAGGAAACAAAAGUUGCCUCUGACACCAGCAGAGGCUCUAAGGUCUUUUAAGAACAAGUUGUCUCCAUAUGAGCACAGUGAAAUCCUGGGCUACACAGAACUAUGGUUCCUGGGGCUCGAAGCUGAAAAGCUCAAAAUGACUCCAGAGAAAUUCAGCAAGACGUGUUUUGAUGAUGAACAUGGCUCCUAUAAGAAGGUCCUGCAUGAUCACAUUGCCUACCGCUACGAAGUUCUGGAGAUGAUUGGGAAAGGGUCCUUUGGACAGGUGGCCAAGUGUCUGGACCACAAAAACAAUGAGUUGGUGGCCCUGAAAAUCAUCAGGAACAAGAAGAGGUUUCAUCACCAGGCCCUAGUGGAACUGAAGAUCCUGGAAGCUCUCAGAAGAAAAGACAAAGACAAUACCUACAAUGUGGUACACAUGAAGGACUUUUUCUACUUCCGCAAUCACCUCUGUAUCACCUUUGAACUCCUGGGAAUCAACUUGUAUGAGCUGAUGAAGAAUAAUAGUUUUCAAGGCUUCAGUUUGUCAAUAGUUCGGCGCUUUACCCUCUCUGUUUUGAAGUGUUUACAAAUGCUUUAUGUAGAGAAAAUCAUUCACUGUGACCUCAAGCCAGAGAAUAUAGUGCUAUAUCAAAAGGGCCAAGUCUCAGUUAAAGUCAUUGACUUUGGAUCCAGCUGUUAUGAACACCAAAAAGUAUAUACCUACAUCCAAAGUCGGUUCUACAGAUCCCCAGAGGUGAUUCUGGGUCAUUCCUACAAUAUGGCCAUUGAUAUGUGGAGUCUAGGAUGCAUCAUGGCAGAGUUGUACAUGGGCUAUCCGCUGUUUCCUGGAGAGAAUGAAGUGGAGCAGCUGGCCUGCAUCAUGGAGGUGCUGGGCCUGCCGCCAGCCCACUUCAUUCAGACGUCCUCCAGGAGACAGACAUUCUUUGAUUCCAAAGGUUUUCCUAAAAAUAUAACCAACAACAGGGGGAAAAAAAGAUAUCCGGACUCCAAGGAUCUCACGAUGGUGCUGAAAACCUACGACACCAGCUUCCUAGACUUUCUCAGAAGGUGUUUGGUAUGGGAGCCUUCUCUUCGCAUGACUCCUGAUCAGGCCCUUAAGCAUGCUUGGAUUCAUGAGUCACGGAGUUUCAAACCCCAACCUAGGACUCAGACCCUGAGGAAGCUCAGUCUCAGUUUCCCCUCGGAGGAAAAGAAGAACAAGGUUCAGGGGCAUCACCUCUUGGCCCAAAAAGAUGAAAUCACCAAAGAAGAGUCUACAGACAAAAGAAGAGAUGGAGCCACUUUGAAGCCAGUUCCAAAUGCAGGUGAUCAGCAGGGCUCUCUGCAGCAUGGUGUUGAUGUACAGCUGCCUCAUCUAGCAGAAGCUACUAGAAAGUCAGAGGCAGUUGAGACAGAACAGUCCCUGACCUCCACAGGAGAUCAAAGCAAGAACUCCUCCCCCAAGAACACAAAUAUUUUACCACCCAUUGUAUGA